AUGAACCGAUUCCUUUACACGGAGGAAAUUCGCGAUGCCUUCAUGAAGCAAUUCGCUCUAUAUCCGCCCAAUACGCAGACGGUGGAUGAUGCCGUUCGAAGUCUUCAGGCGCUGCUGAUCAACCACGACGCAUUAGUGAUACAAUUCUGCGAGUUGACCAAGUGGAACUGCGGUAAUACGUUGAUACUCGCCGCCAUCAGGAAGGUCAGCAGUGGCAGUUUGGUUCAUAUUUUCUUGGACAGAAGUAGUCGUCGACAUGGUUUCGGCUGCAUGACUGAGCAUCCCGAUCCCAUCUACUGCCUGAUCAUGGUCUUCUUCUUCGGAGCCAAUAGCAUCUAA